CUCUCCUCCACCACCGACCUGCAUCCGAUUCCUUCGCUCAUGGGCCUCCCUCACCCCUUCUUCCCAACCGAUAUCGAGCUCCCGCAUUAUGCGGUCUCGAGCCGGCCGCUGCACCAUGAUCUGGCCAUCUUCCUGUCGGCCCUUGUUCUUGUCGUCGUUGUGGCCUCGGUCCUCAGCAGCAUCGCCCGAGCGGCCGCGGCAAGCGCAACAUCCGCGGCACCCUGGCAGCUCGUCCCGCCGGACUGGCGAGUGGUCUGGUGGAGUCUCAACGGCAGCAUCCACUGCUUCUUCGAGGGUUAUUUCGUUUGGAACCACAAGCACAUUGCCGCUGACACUUCGGUGAUUGCGUCCGUAUGGAAGGAAUACGCGCUCUCAGACUCGCGAUACAUGACCGCCGAUCCGUUUUUGAUCAGCGUCGAAAGCAUCACCGCCACCUUGAUUGGUCCGCUGUGCUUUCUACAGGCCUACCUGACUCUCCGCAGCCGGCCGGCGCAGUAUCCGCUGACGCUGAUCAUCAGCGUGCUGCACAUCUUCUCGUGCACGCUCUACUAUGCCACGACCUUUUUCGAGGGCCAUGGCCAGGCCCCGCACUGCAAGCCUGGCUGGCUGUACUUGGGCUUUUACUUUUUGUUCCUCAACGCCUUCUGGAUCCUGAUUCCGGCUUUCUUGAUCCGCCAAGAUGUCGGGCGGAUCAUGCGAGCGCUCCGGGCUGUUGAAUGAAGAAGCAGUCGAGUGCGCGGACACCCAUUCGCUGCGAUAGGAUCGGAUGGAGGCGUCCGACCCGACAAGGCGACCACUGUUCGCCAUCUGUGCGAUGGGUUGGUCUGUCGCCGACGCCAGAGACGGACGACAAG